GCAGAGUGGCGACAGACACGUGCGCUCAUCCUGCUGCUCCUUACUUCCGGUCCCAGCAGACAAAAAAGCUUCAUUGAACAAUCUCUCCACGAGAAUCACUAUGACAACACAGCAGCCGUAAAUAGAAAAGCAGAGACGGGAUUGUUAAAUCACAGCCGUGAGACUCGUGACGAACAAACAUCUUUAAAAUGACACCAAUGUGAUUUCCAGAAGUGUCUUCUUCCUCAGAGGAGUCAGGUCCGGCAGCGGGUGGACUUCAGUGAUUGGUUCUGUGGGAGAACGCUCUGAUUCGUCGAACAUCGUCGCUCUGUCCCCUGAUUGGUUGCAGUGGCAGGCUCCGCCUCUCAGCGGAAGCGCGCUCCUCUCGGGCUGAGCGCGUUAUCAGUCCAGGUGACUGUGAGCAGCACACGUGCGGCCGGGAUGGAGGCGGAGGUCGUGGACUUCCGGGUUCCCGUGGAGAGCAAUAAGACGGUGCUGGUGUGGGACAUCCCGCCGACCUUCGGCGAGGCGCACAUCCACGCCCGGCUCCAUGCUAUCUUCUCGUCCUUCGGUCCUGUGUACCUGUUAAAGGUGAGCCCUAACGCUCCGCUCCACCCUCCUGGUUUUUAUGCCCUCAUCAAGUUCUUCUCGGCAGCUCACGCCGCUGCAGCUCAGCGCGUCACAGAUGGACGCCCGCUGCUUGACGACUCGCCACUGAAGGUGAAGCUGAGCUCCAAGCAGAUGCCUCACUUUCUGUCUGGCAGCAGCAGACCUCUGAGCCACACCCACUGUCUGGAACUGGCCAAUCACGUCCUAGGAUUCAAUGGCUGGACCUCUGACAUCAUCACACUGAAGGAGCUCACCAACGAAGAAGAAGGCGAGGAGGAGGAGGGGGGAGGGGCCAGUCAGAGGAGGCUGAAGUUCGGCUGUGUGCUGCAGCUCUGCUUCCCUCAUCACGGACAGAUGAGCAGAGGAGCUGCGGUGCUGGAGGACUGCUUCACCUGCACAGGUCCAGAUGUGUUCCUGCAGAGGUGCAGCAGGCUGCAGAGGUUGGUCAGAGAGAAGGCUCUGGUUCAGGCCUUCAGCUCUGUGCUGCUCAUACUUCUAGGUAAUGGGAAGGUGAUGGUGGAGGUGAAACAGACCCCUGAUCAGUCUUUAGCUGAUGACACUGAAGGAGUCCUGCAGGUGAACGAGUUUUCCUGGACAGAGGGUCCUGCUGAUGAAGAGGAGGCUGACGAUGCAGAGUGGGCUCUGACUGUGUCGUAGAUCAGGACUGUGGGUGGGUGUGACGUGUUUCUGAGAGGAAAGCUUUCAGGUAUAGAAACAAAACCACGGCGCUCCUCAACGCGACGCUCCGGCUGUACGAGGACGGGAAAACUGAUCCUGAGAUCCAAAAGCUCACGGCACACACACACACACACACGCAGCUGUGAAACAUCACCAAUCAGCUGUGCGUGUUGCUCUCGUCCUCUCUGCAGCAGUGAAUCAUGAUUUUCCACACAGCUGUUACAGUUUAGCAUUUCCUCAUUAUUUAUGUUUUGUUUUGAAUUUUAAUUUUGAAUCACCAGACUGAAUUUUCUUGUUUCUGUGUCAGUUUGAUUCUUUUUAAUAAUUAGGAUAAAAGAACUGUGAAAUAAAUAAAAGCACUGACUCAGUGCUGAUGGAUGUCCAUCAAAGAACUCUGACAAUAACUCUUUAUUGUCAUUGCACAGUCAUACAUAGUACAAUAGUACAAUGAAAUUGGAAAACUGUCCACACUACGUACAACACAACAUCACACAGUAACUUAACCUAAUGUAAUAAAACUAACUAACGUAAUAAAAUGAAGAAUAAGUGUA